UAGAUUAGAAAUUGUUUGGUGGAGAUCUUUUAUGCGAUUAGAGCAGAGUUUUCAUUAACUUUGGAAAUAUAAAUUAUUUAUUUUAGAACAAUUUGAUCAAAAUGUGUUUUUCUCAAUAAAAGUUUUAACUCUAUCAUUUCGUUUUGAGAAAUAGUGUUGUGAAAAUAAAAUGUCUCCGCUUUUGGUUUUCGCUCUAAGUUUGGUAGGAUCCAUAAAUGCAAUGCCCACUAAUGUACGUUAUUUUGAUUUGACGCAUACUUUUGAAGAAACGGCUGUGGUGUUGCCUGGAUUUCGAAAAUUCUUCCAGAUAGAUCAAUUAAUGAACUCAUCUUCUGAUGACUUUGGUGGUUUAUGGUUUAAAGCCGAGAUAUAUUCUCAGAAUUCCCAUUCCGGUACUCACAUGGACGCUCCCUCCCACGUUGUGCCAGAUGGAAUAAACAUAGAUGAAAUGCCCGUUUCACAGUUUCAUGGUCCGGCAGCUGUAGUAGACAUCACUGAACGAGCAAGGCUCAAUGUAGACGCUGAAGUGACCGUACAAGAUUUUCUUGAGUGGGAGUCUGGCACUGGUCAAAGCCUCAAUGGAACUAUUGUCUUAAUCAGAACGGGUUGGGCAGAGAAGUAUAAUGACCAAGCUGCAUACUUGGGUACAGCUGAUACUGCUGAAGACACAAGCCAAAUACACUAUCCGGGUAUGUCCGUAGAAGCCUGCCAUUGGUUAGCUGAAAACCGGAACAUAAAAGGACUCGGAAGUGAUACACUGUCUCCUGAGAGUGGCGUAAUAUUUUUCAGCAAUAACUUGGCUUGCCAUAAUGCUAUGUUACCAAGGGGGAUUUUCCUUUUAGAGAGUGUUGCAGUUAAAAAAGAACUGCCCCUCUACGGGGCAUCUUUAACAGCAUUGCCACAGAAAAUAGUAAAAGGAAGUGGUGCCCCCACUCGUAUCGUUGCCACUGUUCCCAAACUUGUUGAAAAUUUACCCACAAGUUGCAAUGCAAUCAAAAAAUAGGCAAUCUCAGGAAUAACUACUUUUUAGACAACGUUAAAAGUUGUUAUAUGUAUGUUUUUUUUAAGACAACAGAUUUGUCGUAAGUGUCUUUAUAAGUAUUAUUUGUUUAAUGGAUAACAUUCUAUUGAAUGUUUCAUGCUAUCAUACAUGCAUUCUAUUAACGCAAAAUUUUAAUUAUUCUAAUAAAUAUUGUUUGCGUGC